ACUCCCUCGCUCUUGCACGGUCACACUACGCUAUUCUGCUAAUUGUGCGAAGAAAAGGUGAAAAAAGAGAAAAUUCGCAGGAAAACCUAAGAUAAUUCCAACCAAACUAGUUUUAAAGCACAGAAAACCCCCAAAGCAGCAACAUGACGUGGGAACCACAGGGAGAAGGUCUGCAGCAGAUCAUAGCGAUCCUCAAGGAGUCGCAGUCACCGGACACAGCCACCCAGAUGGCCGUACAGAUGAAACUGGAGGAGUUCAAUCGCUACCCAGACUUCAACAACUAUCUAAUCUAUGUGCUGACCAAACUGAAGACAGAGGACGAGCCCACGCGCUCGCUCAGCGGCCUGAUCCUCAAGAACAACAUCCGCAUGCACGGCAGCAAUCUGCAGCCGGAGAUUGUGGAGUACAUCAAACACGAGUGCCUUCAGGCUGUGGGUGACUCCUCGCCCCUGAUACGAGCCACCGUAGGCAUCCUGAUCACCACCAUCGCCAGUAAUGGAGGCCUGCACAACUGGCCGCAGCUUCUGCCUUCGCUCUGCGACAUGCUAGACGCCCAGGACUAUAACGUGUGCGAGGGAGCCUUCAGUGCGCUGCAAAAGAUCUGCGAGGACUCUGCCGAGAUUCUGGACUCAGCAGCGCUUAACAGGCCGCUUAACGUUAUGAUCCCCAAGUUCCUGCAGUACUUCAAGCACAGCAGUCCAAAGAUCCGCUCCCACGCCAUUGCCUGCAUCAACCAAUUUAUAAUAAACCGAUCACAGGCCCUUAUGCUAAACAUAGACACGUUCAUUGAGAACCUAUUCCACCUGUCCUCGGAUGAGGACCACGAGGUGCGCAAGAACGUCUGCCACGGAUUGGUCAUGCUGCUGGAGGUGCGCAUGGACCGCCUUAUGCCGCACAUGUCGCAAAUCAUUGAGUACAUGUUGCUGCGCACCCAAGACUCCGACGAGGGCGUGGCUCUGGAGGCCUCAGAGUUCUGGCUGUCGCUGGCGGAGCAAAGUAUCUGCAAGGAUGUGCUUGCUCCUUUCUUAUCCCAGUUGGCUCCAGUUCUUGUACGUGGCAUGCGUUACUCAGAGGUCGACAUCAUUCUACUGAAAGGUAAUGUCGAGGAGGAUGACAUGGUGCCCGAUCGCGAGGAGGACAUCCGACCGCGUUUCCACAAGUCCCGCGCGCAUACGAUCAAGAGUACUCAAGAGGCGGGAGCAGGAGCUACAGGCGAGGAUGACGACGACGAGUUUGACGAUGGAUUGGACGACGAUAGUUCGCUAUCAGAAUGGAAUUUGCGCAAGUGCAGCGCUGCCGCCCUCGAUGUGCUAGCCAAUGUGUUCCGUGAGGACUGUUUGCCCGUUGUGUUGCCCAUUUUAAAGGAAACCCUGUUCCACCAAGAGUGGGUGAUCAAGGAGAGCGGUGUGCUGGCCCUGGGAGCCAUAGCCGAGGGUUGCAUGCAGGGCAUGAUUCAGCAUUUGCCAGAGCUGAUUCCAUACCUGAUAAGCUGUUUGUCGGACAAAAAGGCGCUGGUGCGAUCCAUCACAUGCUGGACGCUCUCCAGGUAUGCCAAUUGGGUAGUAAACCAACCGCACGACCAAUAUUUGAAGCCGCUGAUGGAGGAGCUGCUGAAGCGUAUCCUGGACUCGAACAAGCGCGUCCAGGAGGCUGCAUGCUCUGCUUUUGCAACGUUGGAGGAGGAGGCCUGCACAGAACUGGUGCCUUACUUGGAGUACAUUCUGAAGACGCUCGUCUUCGCCUUCUCCAAAUAUCAGCAUAAGAACCUGCUGAUCUUAUAUGAUGCCGUCGGUACUUUGGCAGAUUCCGUGGGUCACCAUCUAAACAAGCCGCAGUAUAUUGACAUCUUAAUGCCGCCGCUAAUCGACAAGUGGAAUCUGCUUAAGGACGACGACAAAGACCUAUUCCCCUUGCUGGAGUGCCUAUCAAGCAUCGCCACUGCCUUGCAGUCGGGUUUCUUGCCCUACUGCGACCCGGUCUAUAGGAGAUGCAUCUCCCUUAUUGAGCAGACCAUCAACCAGGAAAUGCUGUGCAAACAAAACCAAACGUUUGAUCAUCCCGACAAAGAGCGCAUGAUUGUUGCCCUAGAUCUGUUGUCUGGUUUAGCCGAGGGCUUGGAUCGCCACAUCGAGACACUGGUGGCCAACAGCAACAUCAUGCAUUUGCUCUACCAAUGCAUGCAGGACGUUUUGCCGGAGGUGCGCCAAUCUUCGUUUGCCCUGCUUGGUGAUCUGACUAAAGCCUGUUUCCCCCAUGUGCAUCCCUUCAUGGCCGAGUUCUUCCCCAUCUUAGGGCAAAACCUCAACCCCGACUUUAUUUCGGUGUGCAACAAUGCCACAUGGGCCAUUGGCGAGAUUUGCAUGAAACUGGGCGAGGAGACCAAGCAGUACAUACGCCUUGUACUCAGCGACCUAUUUAUCAUUAUCAACCGCCCGAACACGCCCAAGACUCUGCUGGAGAAUACAGCAAUAACAAUCGGUCGUCUAGGUUAUGUGUGCCCAGUUGAAGUGGCUCCUUAUUUGCCCGAAUUUGUACGACAGUGGUGCACAUCACUGCGGCACAUACGAGAUAAUGAUGAGAAGGACUCGGCCUUCCGUGGAAUGUGUCAUAUGAUCACGGUGAAUCCAGCUGGCGUGGUGCCCGACUUCAUAUUCUUCUGCGAUGCCAUCGCGUCGUGGGUUAAUCCCCCACAGGAUCUGCACCAGAUGAUCCAAAAGAUUCUCCACGGCUUCAAGACCCAAGUGGGUGAGGAAAAUUGGCGUCGAUUUGUGGAGCAAUUCCCGCCAACACUGGCCGAGCGCCUGGCCACAAUGUACAACAUCUAAGGCCAGCCAGGCUAUAAUACACCCACCUGCACCCACUAGUGAGCCAAGCAGCAACAUCUUAACUAGACAAUUAUGUACAAGUAUGCGUAGUAAGCGUGUCGUCUUAAUCUUUAGCCUCCCUAAGUUAUCAGAUUCGAUGCAGUUCGAAUGAUACGUUAACAUUGAAAUCUAUGCUUAUAGAAGUCGAAAAAAAACAGCAAAUUCACAUAAAAGCAACUGCAUACCAGAUUUAUAACCACAUACAUAUAUCGAUAAAUCUAAUAGAGAAGAAUCACAUUUAUAUUCGAAGUCAAACUAGAGGAUCUUAGAUCUGUAGAACCUCUCUAGGCAUUCGUCUGUCCGCUUAGUGCAUAUAAAACGCCUUUAUCGUGCAAAAACUCAAUAGGAACUACAGGAAAAUUAUGUGUUCCGGCCGUACUUAACCGGAGUCAGUGCUAUAGUAGACAUGCCCAACCCUCCAAUACACUCACCCCCAAGCCCAAACCGAAAAUAAAGUUCAACAUGGAGAGCACACGGGUGUCUCUCAUAGGUAAUAGGAAAAAACUAAACGGAAAAUCGUCGAAACUAAUGAUAUUGCGGGUUCGUGUCGCGGUAAUUAUUAACUAACUUAACUAAAUCGUUGAAAGAUGAAAGUGUUGGGUCUGUUGUGAAAUCCAAGGAUCAGAAAUGGAAAUAUGGAUUCAAUUGCGCAAGCAAACGAUAAGCUUCAGCUGGGGAAAAUGUUACAAAUCAAACAAAGACUGAUGUUCAACUCCGUUCAAAAACCAUAGAAAGCAUUAAUCAACAGCCGAUUUGAAUUUCACAGGAGAAUCCAACACCUUCAGCACUUAAAUAAUAUUGAAAAGAAAGAAAAAUCGUCGCGUUUCGGGUUCUUACGGUUUCGCGUUCGCGUAUUUUCGUCGCUCGUUCGUUUAUAAUCGUAAUCGUCGUUCGUGGUAUCUCGUCGGGUAAUGAAAAUUGAAAAAUGAAUGAAAAUAAUACAAGGAUAACGAUAAUAUUGCAACUGUUACUGAUACAAAUUUACUUAUACACUACAUGAUAUUCAUAUGCUAUACAAAAUUAGGUGUUUUUUUACGCAUUGUGAGAGCGAAAAGCAAAUAGGGAAAAAAUAUGAAAUUGAGAUUAGGAUUUUGUUGAGUAUCUUAUUUAUUUUUGUGCGAUCCUUUAACUGAAUACAAAAGCAACCAUUGACUGAUCACUUUUUAAAGUAUUAUUAUAUAAUUUUUUUUUUGUAUAGGGACAAGUGUAAUUAAUUAACUAUUAUUAUUUUCUUCAAACUUUGGUAUAAUUUGUAUAGGCUCGUGUUUUGCGUAACCUUCAUAAUUUAUGAUGUUUGUACAGAACAAAUUUUUUACAAUUAUACGAUUAGGUGUAAAGUGUACUACUAAAUGGAAACAAAAGUCUUUGAAAUUGUCGCGGAACAACUAAAAACAAAAAGUAAAAAUAAAACUAGGGAAAACCAAAACUCAGUCAAACACAAAUAAAUGGAAGAUUAUGAAGCAGGAAGAUAACCAAGUAAAUCUAAGUAAUAGUAUUAUGUAAUUAUGCAAACCGUGUUUACGUUUGUGUUUUUAUUUCGUUUCAAAAAUGGGGGAACGUGUGAUAAUAAAGUAACUUCGGGUCGUUCGUUCGCGUCGCGUUAAACUCAACAAACUUAAAAACUAACAAUAAGGGACUUUCGCCCCCGAGUCCCAAAUAAUAAUCGCAAUACUUGAUAACUAUAAUACGGUCUAACUAAAUCGAAGUGAAGCAAUAGCUAAAACUGAACUAAACUAAAAUGGAAAAUCGUGAUUUCGUUGUACCUUAAUCCGGAUUCAUCGCGGAAUCCGGUCGCGUUCGCGUGCGUUUGUAUCUCUCUCGGGUGAUCUUAGUGAUUAGCGUUUAAGCAGAUAAAAAAUAAUUUAAAAAACUGAAGCAACACUACAACUACACACACACACACACACACAACAUUGAACAUAUACACACCACACAUAUACAACUAUAUAAAAUAUAUUUAUAGAUUUUAUGCAGAAUAGGUUUUUGUUCUUACUAUUGUUUUUCACUAUGAUAGGGCAAACCAAAAAAAAAGAGUAGGGAAUUAAAAAAAAAAAACUAAAUGUUAGGUCAAACUAGGGCAACAAAUUAAUUAAAAGCAAAACGUAACAAAAACAGGAAAUCAAAAUAGAUUUGUGCAGCACUAGAAAAUUUUUAUUUUUUAUUUAUUACAUUAUCGCGUGUAUGUAACUCAAAUUAUGGAGAAAACUACCCAACUGUUUUUAGUCCUCUACACAAACACAAUCUUUCGCCUCUGUUGUUUAUUUAAGUAAAUCAAGACCAAGCCAA